UUGCAUUCAUCGGCGCUGGUUGUCUGCCUUCUUCGAUCUCACCGACUGCCCAUUCGUGCAGACUCUUGGACCUCUGACAGUCAUCUGGGAGUAUCGAAUCCUCGACUGAAUCGCGCCCCUUUUCACGUCUGAGCGAGGUCUUUCAUCAACAUGCCUGGAUUGACCACCGCUCAGGUCAAUGCGUUGUCCGGUACGAACGUCGUUAUUCAUCCUCUUGUUCUCCUCUCCGUUGUCGAUCAUGCUUCGCGUGUCCCGUUAGGCAAGAAUCGCCGGGUAUUAGGACUUUUACUGGGUCAAGACGAUGGGAAAACCGUUAACUGCGCCAAUUCCUUUGCAAUCCCAUUCGAAGAGGACGAGAGGGAUCCAAAGACUUUCUUUUUAGAUUUAGAUUACGUCGAGGAGAUGUGGAGGAUGUUCAGAAAGGUCAACGCCAAGGAGCGCCCCGUCGGAUUCUACCACUCUGGACCACGAUUACGAUCGUCCGACCUUGAGAUCACGGAACUCUUCAAGCGUUUCUGCCCAAGACCCGUAAUGGUCAUUGUGGAUGUAAGAGCACAGGGAGGAAGAGGAGACACGGGUAUACCUACGGAUGCGUACUUUCCAGUCGAGGAGAUCCGAGAUGAUGGGACCGCAACACAACGUACAUUCACUCAUGUGCCUACUUCUAUUGAAGCCGAAGAGGCUGAGGAGAUUGGAGUCGAACACUUGCUCAGAGACGUUGCUUCAACGUCUGGUGCACCUUCCUCAUCACUUCUCACCACUCAAUCCCUUUCAACAAAAGUCGCUGCGCAGCUCAAUGCCAUCGAAGGUCUCCGGACGCGUCUGAACGAAAUCAACGAUUACCUCACCUCUGUACGGAACAACAAGCUCCCUGUGAACCAUCAGAUCAUAUACCACUUGCAGGAGAUUAUGGGUUUGUUACCUCAACUGGGUGGAGAUCUGGAUAUUGGCAAAGCCUUCCGUGUGGACAGUAACGACUCAUCUCUAGUCGUAUACCUCAGCUCAAUGGUCCGCACAGUCUUGGCUCUCCAUGAUCUGAUUGAAAAUAGGAUCGUCAAUGCUCAGCAAGAAAUCGAUGAUGCCAAAUCUCCGGAGGAGAGAGCAGCUGAUGAAGCUGCGGCCGCGGCUGGAGUCAAAGCUGCCGAUGUCGAAAAGGCGAGGAAAGAGAGGAAAGAUGAGGAAGAGAAAAGUAAAGCGAACAAGAAGUGAUGGUGGCUCUGUCAGGAGCAAUGCAUUUGAAUGGUACAUGU